UAGUACAAAACGAAUCAUGUGACUUUUAGAUCAAUAACCUAUUAAAUUAUUUAUGAAACGGUAGAUUUAUCAAAAUUUUGAAGGAAAUUGAGGAUGGACUGUCAAACGAGUGACUUCUACAAAACCUGUGUACUACCUGAAAGAUUUGCGAAUCCAGAUCUUUUAAAUGGCUACGGAUGUCAGUAUCCAAGAAGACACCCAUUCUAUAUCACCACUAAUAUGGAGUAUGGUUUCAAUAGACCAUCUGUGCACACUGUACCACAGUGCUAUUACCCGAAGAGAAAUGCAUUUACGAAAUCAUUGCCGGGAAUUACUAAAAAUUAUAAGCUUAAUAUGUAACUGCUAAAAAUAAACAUUUUUUAAUUUUAUUAUUU